AUGUCCACAACCCUUAGCGGCCACCGUGCCGUUCUCCGCUUAUGCUCAUGCUCAUGCCCAUCGUCCGCAGCAUCGUGGAGACGGCCAUAUGCCUACGACAUUUUUUACAGCGGCUUCCAUGAUGCCCAUCCUCGCCGAAAUAUCUCCUCAUCUCAUCGAAAACAGCCUAAAUCGCCGUCAUCAUCAUCACCCACAGCAUCCCCCUCUUCCCACGCAAUCACAAACGUGAACCCUCCCGCAAGCACUCGACCAGCCGAUCUCAACCUCCCCGACCCCCUCCCUUCUGCCUCAACGAUAGAUAAAAUAAAACGCUUCAUCGCAAUCGGCCGUGCCUACCUCGCCUUCUACAAAACGGGCCUGAAGAAUGUCUACCAUAACUACCGUGACUCGCUGCCCAUCCGGCGCUCACUGGGGGUACCGGCAUACAUUCCCACGUCAUUGCCUAGUCCCAGUCAUGGAGCUAGUUCUAGUUCUAGGAAACUCGCGUCGAAAUCAAAAUACACCACAUUCCACAACUCCAUGCUGUCCCAGAACCUGACCAGGUCACAAUUCCAACUAGUCCACCGCGCGGCCCAUGACGUGCGCCGCAUCAUCCCCUUCAGCAUUCUUCUGAUCGUCUGCGGGGAGCUAACGCCGCUUGUCGUCCUCGCCAUGGGAGAUGCUAUCACCCCGUUUACCUGUCGGGUUCCGAAGCAGAUCGAGAAGACGCGUUCUCGUCUCGCAUCUCGGAAACGAGAAGCCAUGCGUGUCCAUCAGGCUAGGAAGGUGGGAUCCGUUACACCACCUGCUCCGGGGUCGGAGGAGGAAUUGCAAAUUCUGGCUACGGAUUUUACGAGUGGGGAGUGGAUUGAAUCUGCGUCCUCGGAGGAGAUACUGAGGGCCUGUGCGGUGCUGGGUCUUGCGAAGACGCAUACGCGGUGGGGAGGGUUUGUUCCUUUUUUGUACCGGCCGCGUCUGUGGAGGUAUGCGGCUUAUUUGGGGGUGGAUGAUGAGUUGAUUCGACGGGGUGGAGGGGUUCAGGCGCUGAAUGCCAUUGAGGUCAGCAUUGCGGUUAGGGAGAGGGGAGGCGUCGAUGUUGCGCUGGGGAAGUAUGGGACGGAGGGAGAGAGCGUGGAGAGGAGAUGGUUGGACAAAUGGCUUGCGAGGAGAUGA